AUGGUCGCCAGCGAGAAGGAAGAGGGCGCACGCACUGCCCCAGCAGCAUUUGCUCAUUCUACCCCCCCGCAAAGCACAGAAAAGUCACAAAAUCGGUCUUCGUCACCUGACAGCCCCGUGGUGUUGGCCAACCAGGUGGACCUGGGCCUGGUAGGGGCUGGGCGUCGCUUCCCCACGGAUGACUUCACCGCCCGGCAGCUGACAUUCGAGGCGGAGGAGCCUCUCCUCCAGGACAAUGAUGAGCGCUUCUGCCUGCUCCCCGUCAAGCACACCGACAUCUACGAGUUCUACAAGCAGGCCCAAGCCAGCUACUGGACUGUGGAGGAGGUGGACCUAUCCGCCGACAUGCGGGAUUGGGUGCGACUGACCGACGACGAGCGCCACUUCAUCUCCUACAUUCUCGCCUUCUUUGCGGCCUCCGACGGUAUCGUGCUCGAGAACCUAUCUGCACGCUUCAUGCAAGAGGUGCAGAUCCCUGAGGCCCGUGCAUUCUACGCAUUCCAGGCCGCCAUCGAGAAUGUGCACAGCGAGAUGUAUGGCCUGCUGCUGGAGUCGUACAUCCUGGACCCUGUCGAGCGAGACGGCCUCUUCCGUGCCAUCCAGACCAUCCCCUGCGUCAGGAAAAAGGCGGAGUGGGCCCUCAGGUGGAUCGGCAGCGGGUCCAGCUUCGCGCAGCGGCUGGUGGCCUUUGCCUGCGUGGAGGGCAUCCUCUUCUCCGGCUCCUUUUGUGCCAUCUACUGGCUCAAGAAGCGGCACCUCAUGCCCGGCCUCACCUUCUCAAACGAGCUCAUCUCCCGUGAUGAGGGCCUGCACACCGACUUUGCCUGCCUCCUGUACCGCCGCCUGAGGCACCCCCUGGACCAAACCCUCGUGCACGCCAUCGUGGCCGAGGCAGUGACGCUCGAGCGCGGUUUUCUCUGCGACGCGCUGUCUGUGGCGCUGGUGGGGAUGAACGCGGAGGCCAUGGGCCAGUACAUCGAGUUUGUGGCGGACCGCCUGCUUGUCGCCCUGGGCUGUGACAAGCUCUACGGCUCAGUCAACCCCUUUGACUUCAUGGACCAGAUAUCCCUGCAGGGCAAGACCAACUUCUUCGAGCGGCGGGUCGGGGAGUACCAGCGGGCAGGGGUGAUGCGGAGCGCGGCCGUGGCCAACGGCGAGGUACGCGGCGAGCAGCAUGUCUUCACCACGGACGCCGAUUUCUGA